UGUCAGGAAUCCAUUGAGAGAAUUUCGCAGCGUUAGUCAUCGCAACAACUAUCCGCAGUGUGUGUAGUAGUCGCCUAUAGCCUUUCUUGCACCUCUUGCACUUCAGAUCCACAGUGGGCGCCGUGCGGGGCUUGGCCACAGACGCGCGGUGUUGUCUGCGCGGUCGGUGCGUGCGUGCGUGCGUGCGUGCGUGCGUGCGCGCGCGAUUUCUCCGCUUUGCCACCCGCAGAGGUUUAACGCGGCCGAGCGGCAUGGUCACACGCCAGCUGGGACGGUCGUGGCGUGCCGGUGGGCGCCCGGGUCAUUAGGGUGUUUGCGCAGGACGUGGCGAGCCGACGCCGGUGACCGGGCGGGCGAUGUUUGCUCACGUAAGCCGCUCGCGUUUGAUGAGGGGCGCAGGGGACGCGGCUGGAGGGUGCGCGCUACUGUUGCAUCGCCUCACCGGAUAACCGCCGCUAUCUCAUCCUGUCGGUCUGCACCUCAACGAUUUUAUGUUGUCUUUUUUUUUAAAUUUUUUAAUUUUUGCUUAGCGACUACUGGAUUUGCGGGAGCGGCGCUGUGUUGACGAUCGAACCAAGUGGAUAAAGGAGCCGACCUUGCGUGUGCGUAUCAUUUCUUGUGAUUCCCCAGUACGCGCAAGCCGCUUUUUUUCCCCUUCUACAGAGGCAAUGCGCCCACCCAUGCGAUGCUAGCCUAUUAGCCGGAGAGAGAGACAGAGAGAGAGAGAGGGAGGCUUUCAGCCCUGGACUUCGGAAGAGGCUAAUUUACGAGUCUUGUUUUGCCUUUCAGGAAACGGGGUGAUACGAGGGGGAGGGUGGCUGGUGAAGGAGAAUGCAGCAAUCACAUUUUUAAGCAUGCAGAUUCGGGCCGUUUCCGGUUCCUAGGCUGGUGUGUCCCCGUUCCCCAUCCGAGGCCAGCAGCCGUAUGGGGAAAGCAGCGGCAGACACAGAUGGCAUGGACACUUCCACACGGUCUGCCGCUCUGCCCUGCCUGCUCUGCCGGAGCCCGUUCGCCGCCGUCUCUCUCUUCCAGCUCGCUCCGCCGCCCAGCAGCACUGCAGCACAGCACAGGCUGACGGCAUGAGGCUUGAUCCAGUGCAUUUCUCCAUGCUGGUCAUCGGGGUCUCCUUCGCCUGUUACGCCCCGAGUCUCAACUCCCUCCAGGACCAGGCGUACAGAUCCGCCGUGGUCAUCGAGGGCGAGGUGCGCUCCUCCCCGGAGAACGUCUCCUCCCGGGAGCCCUACAGUGUGAAUGUCAAAGUGCUGGACGUGUGGCCCGUCAACAGCGGCGGCCUCGAGAGGGAGCAGCUCGUGACCGUCGGGGACUUCGGUUCCGAGGCCCCGUGCACCACGGUGGAGAAAGACCAUAGAUAUAUCUUUUUCAUGGACCCGACCGCCGAACCCUUAGUAUUCAAGGCAUCGUACGCCCCCGUGGACGCCACCGAGCCGGAGCUGAAGAAGGAUGUGGAGAGAGUGUUGUGCGAGGACUGCGCAUCUGCUCCUAAGCUGCGGCAGAUGCGAGGCCAAUCGCUGAUGGAGGGAGACAAGCUGUACUUGAAGUGUGAGGCGUCAGGAAACCCCAGUCCCUCCUUCCGCUGGUACAAAGACGGACACGAGCUUCAAAAGGGCAGAGACCUCAAAAUAAAGACCAACAAAAAAAACUCCAAGGUCCAGAUCGGCCGCGUCCGCGCGGAGGACUCGGGCAACUACACCUGCGUGGCGGAAAACUCGCUGGGACAAGAGAACGCCACGAGCGCCAUCCGCGUGCAGAUCUCAACCACCACCACCCCGGCCCCGGGCGCGAGCCACGCCAGGCGCUGCAACGACUCGGAGAAGGCCUACUGCGUCAACGGAGGAGACUGUUACUUCAUACAUGGUAUUAACCAGCUGUCCUGCAAGUGUCCCAAUGACUAUACGGGGGACCGCUGUCAAAACUCCGUCAUGGCCGGUUUCUACAAGCUUCUCAGAAUUGAAUUUAUGGAGGCUGAGGAGCUCUACCAGAGGCGGGUGCUGACCAUCACGGGCAUCUGUGUGGCGUUGCUGGUGGUCGGCAUCGUCUGCGUGGUGGCCUACUGCAAAACCAAGAAACAAAGAAAGAAGAUGCAGAAUCACCUUCACCAGAACCAGAACCAGUGUGUGGAGCAACCCAACCGCAUGCUGGCCAAUGGGCCCAACCACCCCGGGCCCGGUCCUGAGGAGAUCCCCAUGGUCGAUUACAUCUCCAAAAGUGUCCCCACCACAGAGUGCGUGAUCAGCCACGGAGCCGAGGGUGCAGGCAACUAUGCAGGCAGCCGAAUCUCCACCCGCUCCCACCACUCGACCACUGCCUCACACGCUUCCAGACACGAGGAGCAGACGUGGAGCAUGGAGCGAACGGAGAGCAUGAACUCAGACUGCCAGUCUGGUGGGCUGUCCAGCUCUGUGGGAACCAGUAAGUGCAGCAGUCCCGCCUGCAUGGCCCGGAGAGCUGCCCACUGGGGCUGCACGGACGCGUCCAGAGCGGGAAUGCAGUACGGGGACUCGUACGACUCCCUGAGGGACUCGCCUCACAGCGACAGGUAUGUGUCGGCGCUGACCACGCCGGCGCGUCUGUCUCCAGUGGAGUUCCACUACCCGCCGCUGCCUCCCCAGGUGCCCACCUUUCAAAUCACCUCACCCAACACAAGCCACGCCCUUUCCCUCCCCCCCGCUGCGGCUGCCUACCACAGAGACGAUGACCAGCCGCUACUGCGAUGCCCUGAUGAUCGCAGCUUGUACCGGCAGCCGAGGCGCCCCAGGCGGCCCUACCUGACGGAGAGCACGGGCAGCCUUCCAUCCAGCCCCUACCGCCUCCCCGACGAGGAGGCCUACGAGACCACGCAGGAGUACGCCUCGUCGCGGGAGCCCAUCCGCAGCCGGCGCCGCCCGCGCCGCAACCGCCUCAACGGACACGUGUCCCAGCGCUCGGCGGGCCUGCGGGACUGCAGCUCGCAGAGCUUCAGCCAGUCGGAGGAGGAAGAGGAGGAGGAGGAGGAGGAGGAGGAUGCUCACGGGGAGAGCACGCCUUUCCUUAGUAUGCAGAACAUGAACGUGGACCCGCCCCUAAGCAUCCCAGGUUUCCGCUCGUCGUCCGGGGCGGACUCGCGGACUCACCGCGGGCUGAGUCGGCCGGGCGCGCGCAGCAACGGGCAGAGCCGAGGCUCCCAGUCGCAGCGCUCCAAGGCCGACAACACGCCCCUCUAAGACUGGAGCCGCCCCGGCACACACCCAUGCACCCCCGCCACCUCCCGCCCACGCCCCCUCCACGCCACACACCCUCCUCCUCCCACACACAACCAGUGGACUAGAGACCUGCACCUAGGAAAAAUAUUUUUAUUUUGUAUAACAGACAGAUAUUCUAAACAAAUGAAAUAUUUAUUUUCAUUUCAGCAAAAAUUGUCUACUAGCUAACAGCAAAGACUUUUUUUAUAACGGGGGGGAUAUUUAUAUGUAAAGUUUUUUGAUUUACAGCAUUAUGAGAGAUGAAAAAAUAAGAGAAUUACGUGCCAAUUUUUUCACGAGUUAGAUAAAUAGAAUAAUAUUGUGGUGCCUUUUGCUGUAUGCUGAAGUUGGAGGUCCCAUUGAGUUUUUGUAGCCUUUCUUAUAAAGACUCCUCGUUUUUAUAGAGACCAACCCUCUUCCUUCCUUUUGCUUUGUUUUUUUUCUGAUUUGGGAUCUUCCUCUUUUUGAACUGUGAUCUGAUUAUGUCAUCAUGCAAUAUUGAUUCCUCCUCUGUAAAAGGUGUCUGUUUACAUGAGUAUGAUCCACACGAUGUGCUCGUUUCACAGGGACAUUUAGUCACUGAUGCAACCAGAUGGAUAGGGGAAAACUUGUAGGUGAAUCUUUCCGGAAGAACACACAUCGGUCAUUUACGUCCUCGUUCGCUACCUGUCAGUCACUUAUUGUUAUUUCUGAGGAAAGUGAGGAAGUGUCAGGGAGCUGGUGAGAGAAAGUGACCUCAAAUUCGUGUGCAGGUGUUCAGGGUGCUGCCAUUUGUGGUGGUUGCAGUGUGUGUGUGUGUGUGUGUGUGUGUGUGUGUGUGUGUGUGUGUGUGUGUGUGUGUGUGUGUGUGUGUGUGCAUGUGUGUGUGUGCGUGUGUGUGUGCGCGUGUUUGUGUGCGUGUGUGUGUGUGUGUGUGUGCAUGUGUGUGUGUGCGUGUGUGUGUGCGCGUGUUUGUGUGCGUGUGUGUGUGUGCGUGUGUGUGCUUGCCUCUGUCUACACCUCAUGAAGCCUCAUUUGGUUGGCGUUUUCCUUCACUCUCGAGGUUGCGGUUCCUUGUUUCGACUGACAUGCUCCUCACACCAAUCCUCACGCUGCCAGAAGCUCCAUUGCACUGUAAGAACCUCCCUCUGUGAGCAGUCAUUGGCCAGGGAGCUGCCAAUCCAAACCCGAACCGAACCACUCCAAUUGUAAUCCAGCCUGACUCUGGCCACCCGUGGACUGCCCAGCCCGCCCGUUUCCUAUGCCAGCAGCUUAGAGCCGCACUGUGUCUCAGGACUUCCCCAUCACAUCACAGCCAAAAGACUCAAACGCAGCGAGAGCAUGUCACCUCAGUCACAGUUCAGUCCGCAGGCCAGAUCCACAUCUCUUCGCUGUCAUUCCUUCCAUCCGUCAGGUUUGUUGCGUUCACGCGUGGCUCCCUGUGACGAAGGGAGCGUGGGUAAAAAUCUCCUGGACUCAGGAGGGAGAUUGUUUUGCUGUCUCUACUUCCAAGGUCGCGUGUGUGUGUACAUGAGCAUGUAUGUAACUCGGUGUGGGUCACGGUUAAUGGUGAAAAAAUGUGUUUGCUCUGAAGCAGGGGUGCAGCUAGGAUUUCUGAGGCCCCCUUAGAGUGGGAACUCCCUCUGGGUUCCCCUUUUGUUUACUAAUGUAAACCUACUGGAAACUGUCCAAGCCCUCUCUGCCUGCCGGCCUCUAAAGUUAGCACCACUUUUCACCCCACUAGCGAUGGCACUGCUCUAAUGGGAAAAAAAAAACAACGUACGGCUUAGGUUCAUAGUGCUAGAGAGCGAGUCUGGUUCUAUUUUUUUAAGCUGACAGCCAAACGUUAGUAUAUGAUUACACUGAUAACUGCAUCCUUGAUUUGCAUUCCUGUAUCUUUACGGUUCAAACUCUUUUGCUUGGUCACAUUGACUGAACAUGUUAUAUGUGUUUGUCUGCGUCUGGCCUCCUUUACUCCAACUCACACCUCGUUUCCACAUCUUUUUAAUCCCUUUAUUGACCUUCAGAAGAAACUAGUGGAUGAAUUUAGGCCCCAGUCUCCAGACAAAAGCACUGAGCAGCUAAUUAAUAGUAGGCUGGUCAUGUCAAAAACUCUUCCUGUGUCUGACAAUGUGUGUCCCUAUUAGAGUCAAUUUCUAAUACGUAGAGUUGAUUUGUUUUUGUUGUUUUUCACACGGGAGCUGCAUGGAUCACAGAUAUAGAAAGUAUCUUAAAAACGACAAAGACCCCACACACAUCCAGGGGAAUCAUACUAGAAAUAUAUAAAAAUAUUAUUUGGGUUUUUGGCCCAAAGGUCUGGCUAGUUUUGUCUUACUAUUACUGUAAUCAAUCUGGGAUUUGCAAUGUGGAAAUACUGCAAGUGAGGGUAGUGUGCUUCUAGAGCUAGUUGAAUUGUUAACACUCCCCACCCUCUUUCUCUUCACCCUGCACUCCCCCUUCCCUUUUAUAUGCGCACACACAUUUUGCAAAUACAUGCUGACGUCAUAUAUAGUGAAGCACACACUGAGACGCGCACAUACAGACACACGGACCCCCAUGUGACACACUGACACACGAAGCCCUUCCAUGUUUGUGUUUGUCAAGCAGUUUGCCUUUGUCUUUUUUACCUUCCGACUCCCUCGCUCCUCCCAACUCCUCCUCCUCCGCCCCUCCAUCCUCUCCCUUCUCCUCCUCUCUUGCCCCCACCUCUAUCCCCCUCUGCAUGUCCUAGUGGUACUGGUAGUUGGGUGCAUGGAAAAAGCAGCAAGCAAAUCGUUUUCCAUUCGGUGAAAAAAUAAAAAAUGUGUCUUCAUUUUAACAUUCAGCAAUAAGUCCCCUUCUCUUCAUGUCCAUCAUUCUUGGAAUAUGCUAGAAGAUUUUUUGCAAGUUUUAUCAAAAACAUACUACUUGUAAAAGAAGAAAAAUCCCAAAACCACCCCUUCAUAUGAAAAAUAAAACUUUAUUCCUACCAUUUUGAAA